AUGAUGGUACUAAAAGAAUUUUGUUCCGAAGGCUAUGACCGUGUGCCUGAAGCCAUAGAUGCAGGUGCUCGGCGGAUUGAGCUGUGCGCCCGCUUGGAGGUUGGUGGCGUCACACCUUCGGAGGAGACGAUACGGAAGACUGUGGAAUAUUGUCAUUGUCGAGGUGUUGCCGUAAUGGUGAUAGUACGGUGUCGAGAAGGUAAUUUCCACUACAGCGACGCGGAAUUUCAGGAAAUGAAAGAAAGUGUGGUGCUUGCUAAACGUUUGGGCGCGGAUGGUGUUGUUGUCGGUGCUCUGGAUGCGGGUGGAAAUGUGGACGAGAGAAUUGGUGUGUUGUUGUCAGCAGCUAAAGGGAUGUCUCUUACGUUUCACAUGGCCUUUGACGAAAUUCCCGCCGACAAGCAAUUUCAGGCUAUUGAUACGCUGUGUUCAUACGGGUUUCACCGUAUUUUGACCCAUGGAGGGCCGUCGGGCACCGCCAUUGAAUGUAAUCUAAAUCGUCUGGCAGAGUUGGUGGAACACGCUCGGGGGAGAAUUGUUAUAAUGCCUGGGGGCGGUGUGACUGCUUCCAAUGUCGAAGCAGUUGCCACUCGCCUAGGCAUAGUUGAAUUACAUGGGACUCGCAUUGUUUCAUUGGCUAAGCUGUAA